GCUGCCUCGUGUUGGCGCCGCCUCGUGUUCCCCCGUCCCAUCCUUGUCGCCUUCUCUGACUCCCUCUAGUCCAUAUUAAUCCCGCUCGUCAUCUCUUCCACAUACACCUCCCUUUCAUACCUCUCUCCCUUUCCCCCUCCUCCCCUUUGGCAAGAUGUUGCUCUCUCCCGCCACCUCUAACGCGAGCCUCCCCACCUCGCAGGGCUUCUGGAACAGGUUCAAGACUCCGAAAAGCAACAAGGAGGCAGAGCUGCGUGAGCAGCGGCAAGCUCAGCUUGCCCUCUCGCGGCAGCGUCUGCUCACGCUCGUUUUCGACGAUAUGGAGACAGUACGAAUGCUCCCUAACUCGAUCAUGGAACUGGAAGGCCUUGCACGAGAAUGGAUCAAGCCACCUCCCGACAUGCCACUCCAUUUGCGAGUCCCCAUCGAGUAUGCUUCCUUGCAUGCAGCGCGAUUAGUAUCGGGUCCUUAUAUCUAUCUCACCAGCGAGGACUCGUAUCAAAUUGCUAUCGCAGGAGUGCAAGGAUUGCGAGUGGAGAUUGUUUGUGACUCUCCACCCCCUCCGGAUGAGCCUCCUCCACCUCCACCGCCGCCUGUGUUGGAGAUGCCCGGCACGUUCGCCCUAGAGCUCGCGCCGGGACAGCACGUGGCGCUGGACACCACGAUCACGUCUGACGAGCUGGACAUGGCAAGAAUGGAGGACGGGACGACGGUGGACGGCUCCUUCUGGGGGAAACUCGACAUAGUGCACGACGGGGAUGUGCACAAGAUGGAGUUCUCCGGCACGCGCAUCCAGAACACCGAGAACGUCUCGACCGACCUCAUCGUCGACUCGCGCGUCAUCAACAAGCUCGCCGUGGCCGCGAAGCCGGCGACGGCCAAGUGCCACCUGAGCAUCCUUGCGCCCUCGCAGCAGUAUGCAGACGUCAUCCUAUCCUUCUCCCCGCUCUGGAAGAUGGGUGUGAGCUGGCCCCCAGCGGAGUCCGUGCCGGAUAACCCGAACAGGGUGAAGUGGUUCCUUCGGGUGCAUCCCGGCGGUGCCGUCGAGCACUUCGAGACCGAAAUGACGGCAACAUCGCUGUACUAUGAGGCAAUCCCGGAGCCCGGCAUGCUCGAUCCGCACGAGUUUAUCGCGCCCCGAAAUGGGUUCGCGAUGUCCUUCCGCGACUUCGUCCCGCAUCUUAUGCGUGUUCUGGACCAGCUAGGAAUGUCGCUCUUCGCCCGCACAACCUUCAUCAACAACAAUUUGGCCGCCUUCUCCGCGCAUCGCAACAUCGCCUAUCGAUUCAUGCCCCCGAGCAAGAUCGCCGCCGCGAUAGACAUCUCCGUUACCGUUGAGAACUGCGUGUUCACGCGACUGUUCCUGAUGUUCCGCGGCGUCACCGACGACGAGCUAGGUCUCUUCUCUGGUGCGGGCGAGAAGGAGGCAAACGCGAUGAACUGGCGCGAACUCGUUGGCUGGUCUGAGAUGUCAAAGGAUCAGACGAUCUUCCGGAUCUUGGAGACCUCUGUGCUCGAGGUGACGUAGGGUGCUCUAUGGCCCCCCUUUCCCCGUUUUUGUCGUUGCCUUUCUCGCUAGCUUGCGAAUCUUUCCAUACAUGUUCCCGGCCCUUCCGAUAUCCCUGCUCCUUCAUGUUCGAUACCUGUCUACGUCGCAUUACUUCCAUUUAUUGCACAUAGUGUUUUUCUCGUUGGCUUCUGCAUGUUUGUGCUGCUUCACUGGUACCGUCCCACGUAGUCUUAUCACUCAAUUAGUGUGUAUCCCGCGCGCAGGUGCGCUGUAUUACGGCUCCUCAAUGUCUCGUAUCAUCCAUCGCCGUUCGUGCUCACUUCACUUUACGAUCCCCUUCCCUUCCGCCCCGUCGCUAAUCACCCACUUACGACCGGAGUACUUUACUGUUUUCGCACUGGGACAGUCCCUGCCCUGCUCGCUGUCUUCGCUGUCGUCUGUAGUUCCACCAUGAUCAUGACCAUAUGUAGCCGUGGCACGUCUCGCGAUCUCAUGUCCAUAUUUUCUGAUCCGUCGCUGUACUGAGUACAUAAUGAAUCUUCAUUCCCU